AUGGCAUCAUCGAUCUCGGAGUCGUCCUCCACACCAAUAUUUACGAUACCCCCGGAGCUCAUCGCACGAUGUUUUGCGAUUCUGGCAGAAGAAGACCCUCCCACGGUGUGCCUUUACAUCAGGGAUCCUCAAACUCUCAGCGAAGUACGGGAACCUCCUGGCUCUGCGCGGCCACACAUGGGAUUUUUGACUAUCACUCAUAUCUGUCGUCGAUGGAGGGACAUCGCCCUGAACAUGUCUUCGCUAUGGUCAACUCUGACAUUCAUGCUUGGUCCGCGCUGGCUCGAGGAGAUGUUGCGGCGCUCCAAGUCCGCACCGUUGACUAUCCAUCACAACCUAGACCAUGUCCCGUAUUCCUGGAAGGACUACAAAACAUUAUCCACCGCUGUCAUUGGCACUGUAGAGCAAAACCUUCACAGGAUCAAAAGUCUUUCGUUCAACAUGUUGUCAAUGGACAGAGACACCAGAUUUCCAUUGACAGAUGUCAUGACUAAGCCCUCUCCACUUCUCGAGGAUCUGACUUUGUCAAUGAAGGGCCUCCAGUCGCUUCCGUCUUUCCCCGACUCCUUCCUUGGAGGUCAGCCAAGCAACGUUCGACGACUGUGUCUAGAUAAUGUCGGCUACAAUUGGGCCGCGUCACCCUUCGUCAACCUGUCGAUUCUUACCAUCACGGUCUUCGCCAGUCACGUAUAUCCUCUACCUUCGUACGAUGAACUAUUCGCCAUUCUUAAUCGUAAUCAGCACCUCGAGAAGUUGUGUCUUCAUAGGUGUCUCCCUUCCCGACAUGCCACCAAACGCACGCGAUACGCUAUUCAACUCCCCUCUUUAACCGACCUCGAUCUGCACGGCGACGCUCGUAGUUGUGCUCAAGUGCUGGACACCCUUGAACUUCAGCCUGGUGUCAUGCUUACUCUCCAAGUUGACCUACCACGUAACGACGAUGGGGAUUGUUUCGCUCUUUUUGCCGCACUAUCCUCGCAUGGGGAGCGUCACGAAGGACCUUUCCGGUCCUUCGCGUUCAACAUUCGACAACGAAGUUCCAGCCUCAUUACCGAUUUUGACCGUGUCAACUUCUAUCUCUCACAUGAUCCCGACUGGCUGGCCAACGAACUACGAAUAAACCUGCCUCAGGAUCGCGACCCUGGAAAGAUAUCUGUAUCUAUCUUUCCUGAAGACCUUAGGACUGGCUUCGACAUCGCGCGAAUCCCGCAACUCCUCGUAGACACCAUUGCUACCGUGAAGAAUGUCGAGAUGCUUGCCGUACAUUCAAGAUCAGACGCAGCCUCAGGCAUCUUGUUUGAUCUUAAACAGUUCCACAAUGUCAGAUACCUCAAAGCCUUUACUUGCGACGUCAUCGCUCUUCUUCAUCGUAAUGUCAUAUGCGAGCAGGCCGACGAAGGAACAACGUCUCAUUCAUUGUCCAGCCUCGUUCACCUCUAUAUCCAAGGCGUUGACUUGUUGACGAUGGGCCCAACUAGGGAGGGGAGUGAGAGGGGCAAAGAGGCCGUUCCAAGGAAAAGAUACGAGCAGUUGUUGAUAGAUAUAGUGAGAGUGUGCAGACUGAGGGGAUCUCCACUGCGACGCCUCACGUUGAUCGGGUGCAAAGCCACACACGAUCUCAAGUCGAGAAUGCGAGAAGCCGACCCCAACAUCCAGACUUAUUGGACGAAUGGAUUACCACAAGUUCGCUGCGAGAGUCUUCGUAUUUGCUUGUACUGGCUGACGCUUUCGGGGCAGCUUAUUCUCGAAUAUCCUACUGUCACGUUUUCGCUCGGCGCCCCGAAGAAUAUAAUCGAUCAUGCCAGUGGUUGA